GUGAGGUGAGCAUUAAGUUUGUCUUGAGGAGCGUGCGCUCGCAUGCUUGCGCUCCGUUACUCCGGCUGUCUGUAAUUACCGUUUGCACCUUGUGUAAUGUCUCAGUGGUGAGGGAUUGGUUUUGAAGAUAAAGCUAGGCUUCACUAUUCCUCGUUCCUCACUCACAGAUGGACAAGUUGUUCUGAUCCCUCUCAGAAUACCCAAUAUAUGACGGCUCGCUUGAGAACACCUGUAGCUUUUGGCGCGAACAACUAUACUCGUAUAUGAUCCAUGUGGAUCUCAUUAUUUUCAACCUGAAGAUCACUCUUAGCCGCGGUGCAAUGUCAGAUUCGUGAACUUUUGCUUCGAGGAAUAUUGAGUUGGAGUCUGCACGACGGUGCUCUAUCCUAAAAUAAACUUCUGCAUAACUUGGUCAAGAAGGUAUACAAAUGCUCUCCGUCCAGCCGGACACCAAGCCAAAGGGCUGUGCCGGCUGCAACCGGAAAAUCAAGGACCGUUACCUGCUGAAGGCCUUGGACAAGUACUGGCACGAAGACUGCCUCAAGUGUGCCUGCUGCGAUUGCAGACUUGGUGAGGUGGGCUCCACUCUCUACACCAAAGCCAAUCUUAUCCUCUGUCGGAGAGACUACCUACGGUUGUUUGGUGUGACGGGAAACUGUGCAGCAUGCAGUAAACUCAUCCCAGCAUUCGAGAUGGUCAUGAGAGCCAAGGAGAAUGUCUAUCACCUGGACUGCUUUGCCUGCCAGCUGUGUAACCAGAGGUUUUGCGUCGGAGACAAAUUCUUCCUGAAGAACAACAUGAUCUUGUGUCAGACAGACUACGAGGAAGGGCUGAUGAAAGAAGGCUAUGCGCCACAGGUCCGCUAACCGCCCUUCGACCCCAGCACAUGAGGGAAGAGAGCUGAGAGAGAACCUGAAGGGGACAUGCAAUCAGACACAAAAAGCACUAGUGUCCUCUCUAGCUCCUGUCCCCAAUCACAUUGUAUAUAGAAAGACCCCAGAGAAGGGAUGGUACUGUACAGAUUAGCCAUAGAGACGUUUUUUGUGGGAGAAAUUUUAGGAGCUCUCGGAAAAGUAGUCACGGACUUUGACCGUGGUCUUAAUGACUCCACCUGAUGGCCUUAUGAAGACUGUCAUCUCAAUGGCCUAACUUUUGUGAACACACACACACACACACAAACCCACACGAAUACAGCCCCACUCCAAGGCCCCUGUCCAAAUCACAAUGAUGCCAUUUCAACUUGCUAUACAGGGGGAGGAGCACAGAGUUGAAUAAAAUAUAGAAAAUAAUCUAGAUAUUUAUUGGUGAAAAGUCAUGAACAAGUUUGCAAGGAAAAAGGGAGCCAUGUCAACGCAAGAUCUCAGGUUGAAUGGUUUUCCUCAUUUUCUUUUCAAUCACUAUUUCCUUACUUUUUCCUUUCUCGUAACAGCAACAUCCAGCCAGCCUUUCACUUUCAUUUUUAAGACAGUGCUCAGCUCUCCAGGGUUUUAACUCUCCCAACAGGGUUCCCACGGUCAUAGAAAACUGGGAAAUAUCCAAAAAUUUUAAAAGUGUGAUUUCAUGGCCUGGAAAACUCUUGGAAAUGUCUAUGUUAAUAUCGAUUUUUGUAGUUACUCAUAGUUCUAAAUUAUUUAUUUGGCUAGAAAUUGCUCUAUAUGUACCAAUAUCUUUGGUAACACUUUAUAAGGUUGUAUUUGCUAACAUUCGUUAAAAACAUUUGUUACCAUAAACUAACAAUGAAACACUUUUACCUCAGUUGUAUACUUAUCAUUAGUUAAUGCAAUAUGAACAUACAUUAACAAUUAAAAAAAUUGCAUUUCUAUAAAUUAACCAAAGUAAGAUUAACAAAUGCUAUAAAAAAAGAUAUUGUUCGUUCCUAGUUCAUGGCGCCUAAUGCACUUACUGAUCUUAACAAAUAGAAUGUUGUCGUAAAGUGUUACCAAAUUUUUUUUAUUAUCAACAUCUAGUGAUGUGAUUUCAUUAGUGAGAUUGUUCAUAUUUUGCAAAACUUCUAUAAUCCUGUUUUAUACCUUAAAGGUCCUAGUGGUCAAAAGAGAACACUAAAAACAUUUGUGUUUGGAACAUAUGUGAUAGGGUUUGGUGGGGUUGGUGGGCUGGAAAAACAAGGGGGGUUGUUACUUUCUUCUCUGUAUUUAUUUAAUAGGCUUUUUGUCAUUUUGCGUAAUUCCAAGGCUCUGUCCCUGACAUGUUUAUACCUGAAGUUAAUAGCUGCACAGUCGCCAAGUGUCUACUCUCCAGACGUGACGAGUAUCAGUUUCUGAAUGUUGUAUUUUUAGUGCGGCCAAUGUUUAUCAGCUGGCAUAAUCCUCUUUAAAACACAAUCAGGUCGCAUAAACUGUAGGCAUUAACAGAAAGCCUGAAUACCUGGUCUUUUCCAGGUUUUGUUUACAAGGCAACACUCAAGCCCAAGAAAAUCAAAACUGUAGAUUACUACGUUCAAGUGUUAUUCCUUGAUAAUACUUUAAUGGGUUGUGUUUACCCUUUUGAAACUGAGGGCAUAGCCUAGAGAAAAUAUGAGGACAAACUUAAUUUGUAUAUGGUGGUUGUACAUAAUUAAAAAAAAUAUUCCUUUUUGCUUGCUAUUGUAUAUUGAUUUUCUUUUUAUGUGUUAUCCAGCAUGAGAU